GCGACGGCAGUGGAAGGGGCUGAUGGCUCUCUGGAACCUGUGACUUCGGAACGUCGGUGGGAGGUGGCGCGGCGUGGGGUGGGGCGGGCCUGAGGGAACGCUCCAGGGCUUUGCUGCCCUUCCGUCCCCCUGGCCGUCCCUGCCCGUCUCUCCUCUGGGCCGCCGUCCGGGAUGCAGACAGCAGAUCGGGACCCGAGUGGGACAGAGGUGAGCCCCGGCGUGAUGCCUGAAGUUCUCUCUGAGUGUCCACCCGCCCCUACCAAGUCGACAGCGUUUGAUCUUUUCAACCUGGUUCUGUCCUAUAAGAGGCUGGAGAUCUACCUGGAACCUCUGAAGGAUGCAGGUGAUGGCGUUCGAUACUUGCUAAGCUUGAUCCAGUUGGAAGCCUUCCUGACCCGCCUGUGCUGUACCUGUGAAUCAGCCUACCGUGUACUACACUGGGAGAACCCCAUGGUGUCCUCACAGUUCUAUGGCGCUCUUCUGGGCAUGGUGUGCAUGCUCUACCUGCUGCCCCUCUGCUGGGUCCUUGCCCUUUUAAACAGCACGCUCUUUCUGGGAAACGUGGAAUUCUUCCGAGUGGUGUCUGAGUAUAGGGCUUGUCUGCAGCGGCGGAUGAACCCCAAGCAGGAAGAGUACGCCUGUGAGAACUCAGCCCUGCAGGACGCCGGGGGACGGAGCACUCUGCUGGACAGCACUCCCGCCCCAACACCCACAGAGGACCUCACGCCAGGCAGUGUGGAAGAGGCUGAGGAGGCUGAGCCAGACGAAGAGUUCAAAGAUGCAAUUGAGGAGGAUGAUGAAGGUACCCCGUGCCCAGCAGAGGAUGAGCUGGCCCUGCAGGACAACGGGUUCCUCAGCAAGAACGAGGUGCUGCGCAGCAAAGUGUCUCGACUCACAGAACGGCUCCGCAAGCGUUACCCCACCAACAGCUUUGGGAACUGUGCAGGCUGUGCCGCCACUUUCUCGGUGCUGAAGAAGAGGCGGAGCUGCAGCAACUGUGGGAACAGCUUCUGCUCUCGGUGCUGCUCCUUCAAGGUGCCCAAGUCCUCCAUGGGGGCCACAGCUCCUGAAGCCCAGAGAGAGACUGUGUUUGUGUGUGCCUCCUGUAAUCAGACCUUGAGCAAGUGAGAAGAGAGGCUGGGCUCCCACUCUCCUGGGGCCAGUAGUAGACACUACUCUCCCACCCCUGGUCCUCUGAGGCGUGUGCUGGGCAAAUGCAGCCUGACAGCUAGGUCCUCCCUGCCCUUCCCCUGUUGCCUUCAGUUGGGCUGGUAAUGCUCUGAGGCCCACAGGGAGAGGAACCCCUGGAGCUGUUUGCCCUGCUAACACCCCCCCCCCCCCCCCCCCGUGCUGAUGACUCAGGACUGGCCAGGGAAUGUCCACCAGAGGGCAGAAUUGAGCAUAGCCUGCUCUCAUCUGGACUCUGAGGUGGGGAAAAGAGGUUCGUUCCUGUUGAGUACUGGGCCUCUAAGCCCCAGAGAACCUGGAGGAGGACUUGGAUGGAGCACCAUGGCCUGACUCUGCUCUUUGAACAGCCUCAGGAUCUCUUGUUUUCUAGAGACAGAAUUUGGAGUUCCCAAGUGCCCAGAGGAGCGUGUACAUGAGGGUUCUGGUCAAGCCCCACAGUGUCAAGCGGAUGGCAGCAUGGGGGAAGCUCUGCUACAGAUACUGUCUGCCGUGAUUCUCUGGUGUCUCUGCCCUGCUGGGAUGGCCACGGGACCCUCACAUCACUCCUUCUUCUGCUCCUGGUCUGGGCAUCCCUCCUCUCUCACUGCCACCUCUCCCUAGCCCUUGUCCCAUAGAGCGUGAGGCCAGGGGAGUGGAGCAGAGAUUCUGAAAGCCCUUGGCCUUUGAGGUCCAGGAAAGUAUUGGACCUUGAUGGGCUGGUUCUCAGAGUCCGUGGCUGUUCUGGAGUACAGUGUCUAUUGUGGGCUAAGGUCACAUGGACAGUUUUAUGUUUCCUCUGAUCUGCCAAGGGGCCCUGUGCCUCUUUUUAAGCCAUGAGCUGGCUCAGGCCCCCUCCACUGGAGCUGCCCUGUCUUUUCAAAGUAUUUAUUUAUUUAUUUCACGGUUCUUGGGAGCAUGCAGCCCAGGGGUGGGGUGAAGAUGAGGGCUACUGCCUGAGACCCGUCUGUAGAGUCAUGGCUCUCCCUUGGGGCUGCUCUGCAGGGCCUUGCACUGUCGCAGGAGAACUGUUUGUGUGGCCUAAGCAUGGGCUUGGUGGAAGCUGGGUGUGGGGUGAGUGACCCCCGGCUGAAGCCCUCUUUGCUGGUCAGCCAUACACAGAGCAGUGAGGGGUUGUCAGUGGGGACCAAGGUGUGAAGGGUACCCUUUCCUGGAGAGAACGUUACCUCUGUGCUUAUUUACACUGGAGAGCAGUGGAAAGGAGCUCUGUGUGGGAUUGGCAAUAAAAGGCCCCAAGCUUU